GGAUGCGGCAGAUGCACUCUAUGCAGACUUGCGCCAGCUAGAAAUACUCGUGGCCGUGGAAGACGAAGACAUGCCGUCAGCAGAGCAGGAGCAUAGGGAGAGCUUUAUGAAGCAGUUUCCUCAGGUGAAACAGGACCUUGAGGAACACAUACGAAAGCUCUACGCACUUGCAGAUGAGGUUGACAAGGUGCACAGGGACUGCACCAUCACCCAAGUGGCGGCCUCUUCCACUGGCAUUGUGUCUGGCAUUCUGACCAUCAUUGGCCUGUCUCUGGCACCUGUGACAGCAGGGGUUAGUCUAGUGCUUUUUGCAACUGGGGUGGGACUGGGGGCAGCAGCGUCUGUGACCAGUGUGACCACUGGCAUCGUGGAGUACUCAAAGAACAAGUCAGCAAAAGCCAAAGCCAGCCGCCUAGUGUCAACUGGCAGUGACACAGAGAAGGUGGUCCAGGAGGUUCUAAGUCGCAUGACACCCAAAAUUGCUUCCUUAGGUAGUAAGUGCAUCCAAUCCCUAGAAAAUAUUGUGAAGAAUGCCGGAGCCUUCAAUCUGGCCAAAUUCAAUCCUCUCUUAGCAGCUGAGGCCACAAGCGUCGUGCGCACGGGGACAAUGUCAGCCCAAUGCAGCAAUCAGCUGCAGAAAGCUUUUGGAGGCACUGCUCUGGCCAUAAGCAAAGGAGCCAGGGUCUUUGGUAUCGCCGCUGCAGGUGUUUUCCUUCUCGUGGAUGCAGUGAACAUAGUGCAAGAGUCAGUGCACUUACAUAAGGGCGCAAAGGGUCAGUCAGCUAGAGAGUUGAGGCAGCAGGCCCAGGAGCUGGAGAGGAGAUUGGAAGAACUCACCCGCAUUCACGAAAGUCUACAGGAGGACCUGACUUCAUGAUCCCCAGACAGAGCAGGGAGCAGGGGUGUGUGGGAGACAAAGGCAUGGACUGACCUUGUUAGGAAGCAUAGUAACCUCCAUC